CCCCCCCCCGGCUGUAAAACCAGCGGAAAAGAGGGAAAGAACCUGGUUAUUGGAGGAAGUGACUCAGCACUGGAAGCUUCAUCUGCCUUCGUGUAAUGGAAACGCACCUUCGCUCGUCAUGCUUCAGUGGAAAUGCACCUGGACGUCCGGUGGCUAACGGUACGGAGCGGCGGUGACUUGAGUUUGCCGGCGGAUGCGAGCCCGGACGCCCCUUCUGACCCAGCGCCAUGCCAAAGCAACAUGUGCACAGCACCACGCAGCACACGCCAGUGGGAAAGCUGUGGAAAAAGUUGGUGGAAAAUCUUUGGUUUGAGCUCUGAUGUCACCGUUCCGUUUUUAUUUCUUGUUCUAGAUAUUCUGUAACGCGCCGCAGCUCAGAAGAAAAGCUUCUUUUUUUUUUUUUUUCCACUCGAGCUGCGUCCUCUCUGCCCUUUCUUCUUUUCGCAACAGUAAUAAACACGUGAGAACUGCUACACGCAGCUGAGAAAAUGGAUGUUCAGAUUGACUAGUUGAAAACAUGUGGGGCGAAACGAGGGGAGCCCUAUGAGGAGGAGCAACCAGCAGCGUUAGUUCAAGAUGGCCCAAACCAGUUUGCUGCAGGGGAAGCGCUUCUACUGCCGGGAGUGGGUCUUCCACAAGAUCCAGCACUGCCUCCAGGAGAAGACCAACAGCCUGAGCGGAGUGGGCAGCACGCCCAGCCAGCAGCCUCUACCAGGAGGGGGUGCGUCCAUCCCCGGAGCUCCCCUGCCGGGAUCUGUGAAGUCCGGGAACUCCUGGGGCGUGCUGCUGGUGGGAGGACCGGGGAGCGGGAAAACAGCGCUGUGCACGGAGCUGCUGUGGCCCACCUCGGCCCAGGGAACCCAGCGCGGUCUGCACCAGCACAGCCUGGCGUUCCACUUCUGCCGCGCCGACGACUCGGACACGCUGUGCGUCGGCGGCUUCAUCCGAGGUCUGGUGGCGCAGAUCUGCCGCAGCGGCUUGGUGCCGGGGUACGAGGAGAAGGUGCACGCCGCGCAGAGCACCCUGCAGCCCGGGGAGUGCGAGAGGAACCCAACGGAGGCGUUCAAGAAGUGCGUCCUGCUGCCUCUCCUGAGCGUGAAGCCCCCGCAGCAGGCCCUCUUCCUGCUCGUGGACUCCAUCGACGAGGGGUGCCAGCUCGGUGAGGGGGACCAGAGGUCCUCCCCCGGUUCUCCCAGGACCAUCGCCGAGCUCCUCGCCGGUCACCACGAGUUCCUGCCUCCCUGGCUGCUGCUCAUCUGCUCCGCUCGCCGACAGAACAAGGCCAUCACCAAACUCUUCACAGGAUUUCGCAAAAUCAGCCUAGACGAUCUUCGGAAGGCCUACAUCGUCAAGGAUGUGCAGCAGUACAUCCUUCACCGGCUGGAUCAGGAGGAGGCCCUGAGGCAGCACCUGACCAAGGAGACCGCCGAGAUGCUGAACCAGCUUCACAUUAAAAGCAGCGGCUGUUUUCUCUACCUGGAGCGAGUGCUGGACGGCGUGGUGGAGAAUUUCAUCAUGCUCCGUGAGAUCCGGGACAUCCCAGGGACCCUCAACGGCCUGUACCUGUGGCUCUGCCAGAGGCUCUUUGUGAGAAAACAGUUUGCCAAAGUUCAGCCAAUUCUCAAUGUGAUCCUGGCAACUUGCAGGCCACUCACAGUCAAGGAACUGUACCACGCCGUCUGGACCAAGAACAUGACUCUAACUAUGGAGGAAUUUCAGAAAAAGAUGGACAUUCUGGCCAAGCUGUUGGUUGAUGGUCUUGGAAGCACUAAAAUCCUUUUUCACUACAGUUUUGCAGAAUGGCUGCUGGAUGUUAAGCAUUGCACCCAGAAGUACUUGUGCAACGCAGCAGAAGGACAUCGGAUGUUGGCCAUGAGUUACACUUGCAGAGCAAAGCAGCUGAAACCUCUCGAAGUGCAGGAGUUCGCGCUUCACCUCGUCAACUCAAACCUGCAGAUCGAGCCGUUUAAUCUUGCUCUUUGGAUGGUCUGGAAUGGAACACCCACUAAAGACUCUCUGAGCACGUCCAUACCAAGAGAACAGGAGGUUCUGCAACUCCUGGUCAAAGCUGGGGCUCACGUUAACAACGAAGACGACCACGCUUCGUGUAUUGUACAACAGGCACUAGAGCGAGAGGACUCGAUACGAACGUUGCUCGACAACGGAGCAUCUGUGAACCAGUCUGACUCCAGUGGAAGGACUCUGCUGGCCAACGCUGCAUACAGCGGAAACCUGGACGUGGUUAAUUUGCUCAUAUCAAGAGGUGCGAACAUGGAGCUAGAAGACAACCAUGGACAAACAGCACUAACUCUCGCUGCAAGGCAGGGCCACACCAAAGUGGUGAACUGCCUCAUCGGCUGUGAAGCUGACAUAAACCACACGGACCACGACGGAUGGACAGCUCUCCGCUCAGCAGCUUGGGGUGGACAUUCAGAAGUUGUGUCCGCCCUGCUUUAUGCUGGAGCCAAAGUGGACUGUGCCGAUGCUGAUGGGAGGACCGCUUUAAGAGCUGCUGCUUGGGGAGGCCAUGAAGACAUAGUACUAAACCUUCUUCAGCACGGAGCUGAAGUCAACAAAGCAGACAAUGAAGGAAGAACCGCUCUCAUUGCAGCAGCAUACAUGGGGCAUAGAGAAAUCGUCGAGCACUUACUUGACCAUGGAGCUGAAGUCAAUCAUGAAGAUGUCGAUGGGAGGACUGCCCUUUCAGUGGCUGCACUGUGUAUCCCUGCUAGUAAAGGUCACGCAUCGGUUGUAAGCCUUCUCAUAGAUCGAGGAGCAGAGGUUGACCACUGUGACAAAGACUGCAUGACUCCUCUUCUUGUGGCUGGCUAUGAAGGACAUGUGGAUGUAGUUGAUCUACUUCUGGAAGGUGGCGCCGACGUGGAUCACACAGACAACAAUGGGCGCACCCCUCUUCUGGCAGCUGCAUCAAUGGGCCACGCAUCUGUGGUGAACACGUUACUCUUCUGGGGAGCGGCAGUUGAUAGCAUCGACAGUGAGGGACGGACUGUGCUGAGCAUUGCGUCUGCUCAGGGCAACGUGGAGGUGGUCAGAACUCUGCUGGACAGAGGUCUGGAUGAAAAUCACAGGGACGAUGCAGGCUGGACCCCGCUGCACAUGGCUGCAUUUGAAGGCCAUCGCCAGGUUUGCGAUGCUCUUAUUGAACAAGGUGCUCGCUGCUCCGAAGUAGAUAAUGAUGGUAGAAUCCCGCUGAUAUUAGCUGCACAAGAGGGACAUUAUGACUGUGUGCAAAUUCUUCUGGAAAACAAAUCCUGCAUUGACCAGAGAGGAUAUGAUGGUAGGAAUGCUCUCAGGGUAGCUGCACUAGAGGGUCACAGGGACAUCGUUGAACUGCUGUUGAGCCACGGUGCUGAUAUAGAUCACAAAGAUGCAGAUGGACGCCCAACACUCUACAUAUUGGCUCUUGAAAAUCAACUAGCCAUGACCGAGUAUUUCCUUGAAAACGGUGCAAAUGUGGAAGCUUGUGACACUGAGGGCAGAACAGCCCUCCACGUAUCUUGCUGGCAAGGACAUGUUGAAAUGGCGAGGCUGCUGAUUAACUAUCACGCUGACGUGAACGCCUGUGACAACGAGAAGCGCUCUGCUCUCCAAUCUGCAGCCUGGCAAGGCCAUACUAAAGUUGUGCAGUUCUUGAUAGAGAACGGCGCCCAUGUGGAUCAUACAUGCAACCAGGGAGCGACGGCUCUAGGCAUAGCCGCCCAGGAGGGUCACAUCGAUGUCGUGCAAAUACUUCUAGAAAACGGGGCUGACCCCAACCACGCCGAUCAGUUUGGACGCACAGCCAUGAGAGUGGCAGCCAAAGGUGGUCAUUCCAUGAUCCUAAAACUUCUGGACAAAUAUGGAGCCACAACUCUAAAUGGAUGUAACCCUUCCCCUGUGCAUACCAUGGAGGAUAAAACACCAUUAGCAGUCACAGGAAAGAUGCAGUCACUUACCAUCAAAUCGAGUAGUUCUGGCAGCACGGGGGCAGGAGAUGUGCAGUCUUCUGGACGUGGUCUUCCUAUUGGACCAGUCCAUGCGUUCAGUUCACCGUCGGAGUCCCCCGAUUCCACUGUGGACAGGCAGAAGUCCUCCCAGUCAAAUAAUUCCCUUAAGAGUUCAAAAAACUCCUCCUUAAGAACCACGUCAUCUACCGCCACAGCUCAGACUGUGCCGAUCGACAGCUUUCAUGGGAUGACUUUCACAGAACAAAUUCAGCAGCACUCACUGCCCCGCAGCCGAAGCAGACAGUCCAUCGUGUCCCCUUCUUCCACGACCAAGUCCGUCAAUCAGCAGCCAUCAUCUCCAUCAAACGACUUCGACUGGUCUCAGCUGAAACUGGGUCUGAAGUCAGCAAAGGGAACCAAAAUACCAAACGGGACAUCUAACGGCAAAAACACUCUGGGAGACAAAAAGAAAAUUAAAAGCAGCGGAUCAAGCCAAGGUCAGGUUCUGGAGUACGAGAUGACUCAGCUCGACAAGAGAAUGGCCUUCAAUAAAUCUGUGGCUAACAUCGCCGUGAAGGAUCCGCACUGUAAGAUCAUGAUCGGUGGUCCAGUUCAGCAGGAACGAGGCCAGGACCAGUUCUUCAUCCAGCAGCAGAGCUGCGCCGACAAGAAACGGAACGGUAUCGUGACCAACCCCAACUAUCACCUACAGGUGAAUCAGGUGAUCCUGGGGAGGGUAUCGGUUCCUCGAGCUGCUCAGAACCGGGGCCACCAGGACGUGCUGGAAAACUAUCCCAUUGGAGAAACAGAACUAAGCAUUAAACAAGCCCUGAAACUGCAGAUCGAAGGAUCCGACCCAGGUUUCAACUACAAAAAGGAGACCCCAUUAUAACCAGUACUCAAAGGAUGUACCGAAGACAGAGUGACCAUGAACCUCGGUUUAUUCACAGCAGCCGAUGCCGACACUCAAAACAACCUUUAACCAUCAAGUUUGCAGAACCUUCGUUGGUUCUUCUCAGAUCU